UUUUGUCCCUCACUGUCUAAGCUCUUCUCGCUCGCUUAACAACAACCUUCCUGUGCUUGGAUUGUCACCAGUUCAACAACAUGCUGCUUCGGACCGUGGUUCUGCUCCUUGUAUGUAUAUCCACGGGCAUGUGUGCCACUUUAGGCCACUACCAAGAUCAAGAAAAGGAGGAGGAGGCCACUGCUGUCACUGAAGGUGUUGUAGUAGCUGAUUCUGUAAAAGCAGCUGAAGAUGAUGUUGUUCCUGAAGAUACCCAAGUGGGCGACUCACCUCCAGCUGCGGAGCCUGUAGCUAAUUCCAUUUUUGGUGACAAUCUACUGGCUAAAUUAUUUGCAGGUGAUGACCCAGCAGCUGAAAAAAAUGAAGUGGAUGUCUCUGCAGCAGAUGGUGGAAAAGCCGAAGAGUCAGACAGUGAUAGACUUGCUGGAGAUGCCCCUGGUGUGGAAGCUCUUGCUGAUGAAGCUGUCGCCAAGGAGAAGCUUUCAUCUUCUUCUGAGGACAACGACAUCAGGCCAGUCAAGAUAAACCAGUCCCUGAAUGCACCCUUGGCACAAAAAGAUGAUAGCAGCUGGAGCCUCAACUCAAUUAGAAAUACUUUCCAGACUAUGCACGGAUACUUUGACUCCCUGGUGGAAUUGGCGGGGGGACGCAAUGGUGUUUGUCAGUACCGCUGCAGAUAUGGGCAACUUCCCCAACCUCGUCCCGGCUACCAGCUCCCAGAGCCCAACGGCUGCAGCUCCUCCCUGGUUGGAUUCCAGCUUGACCUUGGGAUCCCCGCUAUGACAAAGUGCUGUAAUCAGCUCGACAUGUGCUAUGACACUUGUGGCACAAACAAGGCUGACUGUGACUCCACAUUUCGCUCGUGUCUGCAAGGCAUCUGCUCGGACCUUAAGAAGAGUCUGGGCUUUGUGUCGAAGGUGCAAGCUUGUGAAUCGAUGGCAGACGCUCUGCACAGCACAGUGGGGACUCUUGGUUGCAGGCCUUACAUGAACAGCCAGAGGGCAGCGUGUCUCUGCGAGGGAGAGGAGAAGGAUGAACUGUGACACAUUAACACUAUCGACAAACUCCUCUAUGCUUUCACAGACAGAGUGAUGACUAUUUAUAUACAUUAUACUAU